UGACUUUCUUCAUGAUUUGUUGACUUCUGACUUUCUUGAUCGGAUCGCAUAAAACCAAACAUACGGAGUACAAUAACCUUACUACUCUUAUUGCUAGAUAACUUUGGUAACUUUCCCACCUUACCACUUUCCCACCUUACUCGUACAACUUCCAAAGGAAACAUUCCACCCCCGCGUCGCUUCAUUACUACCGCCCUAGGUAUAUAUUUGGUAUCCUUCACCCUCAGCCUCAACACGAAUAGCAACCCAGACUUUCGUUGAAUGUGCCAGGCUAUCACUUACAUUUUCAUAUGCAGAUUCAUUGGCAAUAUUUCUUUGUAUAACUUUUCACUUUCACAUUGAAAUCAUUCAUCAUUCCUGCUAUACCCUCAUCUCCUUCAAGGAACCAUCUCCGUGUUAUUGGCUUUUAGGAAAUGUCCGCCAGAUUCAAGUGAGCAAACUAGAACAUCUAUUAUCCACCCCCUUCAUUCUAACUCCUUCACACGUUACUUCGGUUAAGGAUUUGGGAAAGGCACCGGAUGAUAUUUGAAGAUCGGUCGCAUCAAUUGAAUUAGACUGAGCUAAUGUGAUUUCCUAUCAUCAGGCUUCCUAAAGUGUCAUUGGGGUCCGGCAGAUAGUCAUAUCUAUCUCCAAACAAGAACUUAGAACACAAUAUCGAACAUGGCGGCUACAAGAUUUAAUCAACCUGAACUUCGCAGACCGACGAGUUCUCCGAGACCGAAAGGACGUGGUAUGUGUUAGGGCAAUUCCUGAUUGGGUUUAUUAAGGAAAGGAAAACGGAUGUUGACCAGGUUGUGCUAGAAAAUGCAAAAGAUACUUUAUGUCGAAAUGUCCUGAUAUAUGGUCAUUGCCGUUAUGAAGAUCAAGGGUGCGCUUUUAAUCAUGAUCCAAACAAGGGACUUGGAGGAGGGGUUGAUCAGUAAGUUGAUUCUAAUUUCUUCAUAUCUAAAAUAGAAAAUGGCUCUCUCCGAUUUCGAUUUCGCCGGGUGUUCGGAACCUUAAAUGGACCUUGACUUGGAUAUUUCUUCUUACUUUCUCGGACUCUCGAGAAAUAGGACUUUAUUGGUAUGGGAAUUAGAGGGCAUUGGACCUUACUUUGAUCAAGUAGACCGUGGAAUUAUAUUCAAGUGCUUGACACUAUGCGCUUCGACGACGUGUCUUUACAGGUCUUGUUCGGGAGUGAAGGAAAGACCCCUCGAAGUUGUUGAGUCGUGAAUUCAGUAUUGGGCCGGAGCCUGUCUCGGAGUUCAUAUUCGAUAUUACAAUUGAUCAAUCUCUGUUUUCAUUGUUCAAAAUUGCGUUGACACCUGGCUUUGGGUCAUGGACAUUCCUUCUGGCCACUUUUCGACCUCGUGGAUGGCUCCUACUAUACCUGGAUUUUUAUGGAGGUAUUACCUACCUAUCUCAUCUUUACUGUGGUUUAAAAUUACACCUUUUGGUCCUUCCCUAUCUAUGUACCUCUCGGGUUUUAAUGCACAACAACCUCUCUUGUACAUCAACAACAACGAAUUAGUGCAGGGAUGGAUAUACUUAAGAAACUUAACAGCGUUAAGAUCCCAAUAUUUGGCUUCACUAAGCUUGCAGAUGGCGAAGAAGACCAGCAAGAUGAGCAUUCAGAUGUCGAGGAUCAACUGGAUGAAUCUAGUUCCAUAAAAAAGAAAAAUCGCAGGAAAAAGCGAAGAUCUGGACAAAGGAGUUCGGGUUUGGAUUUACUUGACACUCCAUCACGUUUUGAGAAUGGAACAAGAUUUUCAGUCUUGGAUCCAUCCCAUCGAUUACCGAACUCAUCCAGGCUAGACACCACACCACGAAAGAAAGAGGAGCUACUGAAAAUCAGUCAAUCACAGCUACAAAGUACUACUGCAAUAGGGCGUUCUCUCAUAUCACAUGGUGGGAACACAAUGGUUGAAAGUGGUGUUGGAACCUCUCAAACUUAUAAGGACAAUGGUCAAGCAGAUAUGCCUCAAAAAGCUACUGCCGCAACAGGGUUCAGCGAAACCACGAAGAUUUUUAGGGCAAAUAGGUCUCCAUCGCUUUCAGUCCAGGUUUCAGGGAUGACUGGUACAGAAAUGGGCUCACCAUAUUCUAUUUUACGGUCCCCCCAAACCCAAGAAUUGAAGGAUACAAUGGAAUCACUUGAUUUGAACUUAUCGAAUCCCGAAAUUGCAAUAAAAGCUACUGCCGAUCCUACCGAAGAACGGCCCAUUGCUGCGAAUCCUGUGAAUUAUUCACAUCAUUCCAUCAUUUCAACUACUCCCACCGUCUCAGCUCUUUCAGAUGACCUUACCAUUCCCAUUGUAGCGGCUGAUCCCAAUGUUUUACCUCCUUCCAACAUUCCACCUAGUGCAAUUAAACCUCCAUCCAAGGAUGAUACAUCAACCAAACGACCAACCUUCAAAAUUUCAAGCACCACAACUCUUUCCUUUGCUAAAAAUGGUAGACCUGAAGUCAAUAUUGAUACCUCAAAUCAGCAACUUGGUCCCAAUCCGAAAUCGAAAGAGAGGCCACAACUAUACUCUUCACUGUUAAAAACUGACUCUGACAAUGAUAGACCCAAAAAAGCUUUGAAUGUAGAUUCGCCUUCUUUUACACCAGCAGCUUUACCCGCGUCCAACAAAGGAGCAUCAGUCAUUUCACAAGCUGCCAAUGCGGCUCCAUUUACACCUCGAGGACUUGCAAGUGGGACUGCUACACCAAACGCUCAACUCGACCCAGAAAUACCCCAAUUUAAUCCAACUCAAAGAGAUUUCACUCCACAAAACUAUGAUCUCUCUCAGAAUGUAAGCACUAAUUCGUGUAUUCCUCAAAUACUAUCUCAAUCUUGUUCUCUAAUUUUUGCAUUCAAAAAUGGCUUGAAAGUACCUUCGACGUACUGGAUUACAUACUGAUUUAAGGCAAGAUUCCUACGAAUGGUGCUACUCCCGAAGCACAAUAUGAUCCUUUCUCGAUGGGAGGCGUCUCUCAAGCAAUUCCUACCUCUUUUCCGAACCACUAUCAAGAAGACAUUAGCAACUUAGCCGCAGGAGUGGCAACAGGUGGAGCAUACUUUCAAGGACAACCAAGCUAUAACGUUCAGCCUUUGAAUUAUCACUUCUAUGCGCCAAUUGGUCCACACACGGAUAAUUUGACACCUUAUCAAAAAUCGAUUCACGACCUUUUCUUGUCCGACCGGCUUCGUGAGGAACUUCAAAGGAAAUCUGAAGCUUCUCAUCAAGUAAUGCUAAGUAAGUAUAGGAGACAGGAUGAUGAUUCCAGUACUAAUCCAAUUAGAUACCCUUCCAAAUAUUGGUACACCACCAAACUCAUACCAUUCCUUGGUCGCUUUGGAUACAGCUCAAAACAGGGCUAACAAUGUUUUUGGGUACAUAAGUUGGGUAUAUAAAGCGACGUCGGAAAAGAAUGGAAAGUAUUACUGUUUACGAAGACUGGAAGGUGAGGAAAAUUCAUCUAACGUUUAUAUGAAUUAACAUUUACCAUAUUUAGCAUAUACUCUCGCUAAUGAUAAAGCAAUUCGUGCUGUGAAGAAGUGGAAUGAAGUCAAUAGUGCUGGCGUAGUAUCGUUCAUUGAUGCUUUUACUACCAGACAAUUUAAGGAUAAUUCCUUGAUAAUUGUCACAAAUUAUCACCCGCUUUCAAAAACUCUUUUAGAGGUUCAUUUCUCGGCGACAACCACAAAUCGAUAUGGAUCUCGACUAAACCCCCGGAUACCUGAAGACACUCUUUGGGCAUACAUUGCACAAAUUACACUAGCCAUCAAGGCUGUACAUCAAGCCAACUUUGCUGUGCGAUGCAUGCAUUUGAGCAAAGUUAUCCUUACGGAGAAAAAUCGAAUACGUCUAAAUGCAUGUCCGAUAUUCGAUAUUAUCCAUUACGAAUAUCGACGCGACAUAAAGGAACUUCAAAGUGAAGACCUGUGCUUGUUUGGCGUACUCAUCUUAUCCUUAGCUACAGUUAAUACAAGCAUUACCCCCCAAACCACGGCUCAAGUCUUGAAAACCAACCUCGAAGGCCUCAGCAGAUUUUACUCGGUUGAGCUUAUCGACACAAUAAGAUGGCUUUUAACUACGCCUUCUACUACCGAACCUAAAGACCUGGAAACCUUCAUGCGAGGUAUCUCUGGCCGUAUGACGACUGCUCUCGACAGUUCCCUCCAAGCUCAUGACGAAAUAACGUCUGAACUUUAUCGCGAGCUUGAAAACGGUCGGCUCGUCCGCUUAAUGGCCAAGUUGGGCAACAUAAAUGAACGUCCCGAGUACGAUACCAAUGUUCAAUGGAGUGAAGUAGGUGAGCGAUACAUAUUGAAACUUUUUAGAGAUUACGUGUUCCAUCCGGUUGAUGCGGAUGGAAGACCCGUUACGGAUAUGGCGUGGAUACUGAAGUGUUUGAAUAAAUUGGAUGCGGGGAGUGAUGAGAAAAUUCAAUUGACGAGUAGGGAUGGAGAGAAUUGUUUUAUUGUUAGUUUUAAGGAUAUUAAGAAACAGGUUAAUGCUGCUUGGGGAGAUUUGCAGAAGCCAGGGAAGAGAUUUUAAGGGUUAGGUUGCGAUAGGUGGUUAAGAGGUGGGCGAUGGAAAUUGGAAAUAUAUGGUUGUCUUUAUCGACCUCGUUGAGAAGUUUUGAGGAUGGUCAAUAUUGAAAGGGUAUUGGUGAAAGGAGGGAAUAAUUUGGGAAGAGGAUAAGAGUAGAGAAAUGAAAUAAAGCUGAUGGAGAUGGAGAUGCACAGGAGAGUAUUGAAUUAGAAAAUUAUAUGUAGGAGAACAAUCAAGGAAAUUUACUUCUAUUGUAAGAGUUAGGUGAGUUUGUGGUGAAUAUUGAAUUUUGAGAG